AUGGCCGGUUUAGAAUCUAUGAUAGUAGAAGAAAAGCAACAGCCCCCAAAAACGGUCGAUCGAGAGAAAACGUGCCCGCUUUUACUGAGAGUUUUCUGUUCGACCGGUCGGCAUCAUACGGCCAACGAGUACUCGUACGGUAAUGUGCCCUCGAACGAGCUUCAAAUCUACACCUGGAUGGACGCCACGCUGCGUGAGCUAACGACACUGGUGCGCGAUGUCAACCCGGAGACGCGGCGCAAGGGCACCUAUUUCGAUUUUGCCGUCGUUUACCCGGACCGUGGUUCGAGCUUUCGCAUGCGAGAAAUCGGCGUUACCUGCUCCGGUCAAAAGGGCGGUGAUGAUUCUAAGACACUUGCCCAGGCGAAAUUUACCAUCGGCGAUUUCAUGGACAUCAACAUCACGCCACCGAACCGGAUUCCGCCGCCUAGGCGCCAACGACCGUACUAGGUGUGAGCAACGAGAUUGAGUGAAGGUGGCGUACGUUAAGGCUAUGUGCGCCGGUGGCACUCUAUGCUAGAUAACACGUGAGCGAGCCAACCAGACUGCCCAAUCUGCCAUUAUUGAUUUUUCUCUCUCCCUUGUAAUGUAAAUGCGGAUAGGGUAAAUCGUAAGAUGACCCGUGCAUAAGUACUUUCGUUAGGGUCCGAUUUGUCAAUCAUAUUCGUCACAUUGUAACGGAAUCCUUUUUUUUUAUUUCACCUUGUGCAGUUUCGAUUAUUUUCCUCAUUAAUUAAGUCUUAGAAACAAACAAACUAUGUAAGAGGAUGUCCCUUGAAAGCGAUA